AUGUCUACUGCCGCUCAUAAGCCAAAACUAACGGGUUGGGCUGCAGCCGCUGCCAAAGCAGCGCCAAAGGCGCAAACUAAACCUACUGCAUUUUCCGAUUCUCCUACAAAUUCUAGCAAGAGUAUCAAGCCCAAAAUCUCAGCACCAGUACGGUCUCCUCUUCCACCGUCACAUCCCAAAGAUAAAGACGUUGCCAAGAAGACCAAGAAACCUGCUUCUAAACCUGCAUUCAAUUCCGAGCAAAUAACUGAAUUUCUUCGGUCAAACUACACUGAGCAAGCAACGCUGCCCAAUACCACGGUCUAUUCCAAACCGAAAACCCGUGGCUACCCCGAUUGGGGAACCACGACUAAUAAUAAAUGGAAAUCAAAAAAGUACGCAUGUUUGAACGAAGUGGCCCGCUCUCUGAGACCUUGA